CCUGUUCUAGCUUAUCAUUGCCCAACGGCUCACCCGCUAUAAAAUCAACACCUUCGAGUGCCGAGUCGCAGUGAAGUUUAAUUUUCAGCAAAGAUGUUGGCGCUUUGCUGGCUCUUUGGUUUGGCCCUUAAUGGGAUGGUUGGCAUUCGUGGUGAGGUGGCGCUGACCCAGGAGGAUUACAAUAAGACCUGGAUUUAUAUGCCCAAUGGACAGGGUAAGCCGGAGGUGGCUUAUCUGGUGGAACCUCCGCCCGAAAACCGCAUCAAUCUGCCCCAGCUCAUCAAGUUUGAACUAUAUGGAAGCGAAUCCAGUUCCAGUGCCGAUUUCUGGAUAGAUGACAAUAAUUUUGAAUUUCCGCAGCGCCACAAGCGAGACACUUGGCAGGAGAUGGCUGAAAAGUUCAAUCCGGACCUGGACACAAAGAUUCUCGUCCACGGCUGGAAGUCCAGCACCAUGAGCAACUCCAUCCAAUCAAUUCGCGGAGCCUAUAUCGAACGUGGUCAGGUGAACGUGUUCGCCAUUAACUGGAAGGAUCAGGCGGAUAAUAUUUACUAUCUGACCCCGGCUCGAUAUACGGUGCAAGUGGGCAGGGCGGUGGCCAAGCUAAUAGAUCUUUUGGUGGAGGAAAAGGAUGCGGAUCCGCAGAGGAUCCACCUCAUAGGGCACAGUCUGGGUGCCCACAUAAUGGGCUAUGCUGGCUCAUACACCAAAUACAGGGUUAAUCGCAUCACGGGCCUGGAUCCAGCUCGUCCUGCAUUCGAGGAUUGCAUUGGGCCGGAGAAUCACUUGGACGAUACGGAUGCGAAUUUUGUGGAUGUGAUUCACAGUUGUGCUGGCUAUUUGGGAUUCCGAAAACCGAUCGGUAUGGUGGAUUUUUACCCCAAUGGCGGAGGACCACCGCAGCCUGGCUGCAAAGAGCUUUCACAGAUUUUCACUGGUUGCAGUCAUGGACGUUCCUACGAAUAUUAUGCCGAAUCCAUUAAUUCCCCUAAAGGUUUUUAUGGUAUUCCCUGCUCUGGACUAGACGAACUUAAGGGAAAAAAUUGUACAGGCGGAAAAAUCUUAAUGGGAGAUCCUGUUCCACGAGAGGCUCGAGGAAUAUUCUUUGUGAAGACGGCCAACAAACCGAGCUAUGCCCUGGGAAUCGAUGAUAUUUGGAGUAACUGA